CGUUCCUAGAAUUCUGAAUUUUAAAUCAAAAUUAAGUUUAAAAGAACGUUUGAGGAACAUCAUACCUUUUAAAAACAUUCCUCUAACAUCAAGAAAACUUGACAUUAUUUAUGUUUGCCAAAACUAACACUGAAUAUUUGGAGAACAUUCUUGUAACAAAAUUAUAUUAGCUGGGACAGCUAUGAAGGACAGAUUUCUGAAUGGCGAGAAGAUUUUUGACACUUUUUGUUGAUAGAGAUUCACUUAAACCUGAUCUCUGUAUCUGAGCAGGACAGCUUACACAACCAAUGAGCUACAGUUUCAGUGUUCUGUAUCGUUUUAUGGUUUCAGAAUGCUUUAUUUGGUGCUAAAAAUCAGGUGGUGUCAAUAUUUAGACGCAAAAGAAAGCCAAAGAUGAGCACACCAGCAUGGAUGUAGCCCAACUCUCUGUUGGCAAAUCAUAUGACAACAUGUGCUCGUUUCUUCUUCUGUGUAUUUCCAGAUGUCAUUUGCAUUUUUUUACAAACUUAAAUAAUGAAAGCACAAUUUAAUUUUUUAAAAUCUGCCCAAAUAUUACCAAAAGCCUUACAAAAUUGUAUGUGUUAAGCAUACACCUUUCAUUUAUUAUGCAUUAUGCAUAAACUUAUGAAUUAUAAACUAUGCUUACUGCAUAAUAUAUCCCAGUGGGCAAAGAAAAAAAAACGUAUUGAUAUAUUCUUUGAAAACAUUUAUUUAUUUAUUUUUUCAAUUUAAUUUAAUGCAAUACAUACAUUUAUCCUAUUUUAAGGGUGCCUAUUUUACUAAAAAACAAGACAAAAUGUAUUUAACGCAAGAACAUAUGACAAUAAUCUGGCACUAGAAUCAGUAUCUUCAGAGUCUUACACUCAUGUUGCUUUCUGAAGUAGUUCAGUGAUGUUGUAGCUCUGGAAUGAGCUGGAUCAAAGCCUCAGACUCAUUACCAUAUCAUCGUUCAGAAAGGCCUAUAAGAUUACUUCUGCCGCAUACCAUGUAGCUGAGCUGAUGUCAAAACUCACAAAGUCCUGCAAGAAUUCAUAUAUUUGCAGCAUAUUUGUGGACGUUUGAACACACACAUUUUAGGUAAUCGUAUGCACAUCUGAAUUCUUAAGGACACAAUAUGUGAUCUUUGUGGAAUACUUGGCAGGGAUAAACUCAGAUGUGUAAUCAUAAUAAACUGCUCAUGUAGUUAUUUUCCAUUAGUUGAGAAGCUGUGCAGUCUUGUUUUAAGUGCUGUACAAUGCAUGUGUUAUUUUACCACUGUUUUUAUCUGUUUCAAGACUGGACAAGUUCUUCAUUUUUAAGAGUCUCAGUAUUGUGUUUUCAUUCCUGUAAACUUGGCUCUGGUAAGUUCCCCUGUUGACCUUCAAUCUUUUUUUAGUAAAGAGAAACAAAUAUUGUUUCAAUUUUAUAACAUCUUUUACACGAUAUGAUCCAAUAACAAAGCAAAUAAUAAACACAUGCACUUAAUGUAUAUACAUCUGUAAGAUUUAUAUUGAAUUAGCUUUUUUUGUGUGUAAUUUAACGCGCAAAUUACAAAUAAUAUCAGUGUGUAUGUGUGGUCAGCAAACAGUCUAAACAAUAAAAUGAUCUGUUAUGAAGUUCAAAGACACUUCCUCUUAAUGCGAAACAGUUUUUCGUUCUGAAACAGAGACACUUCUUAUUAUUUGUACAAAUACACUGGCAUGAUUGCCAGUAGUCUUGUUUAAAGCCUGUGACACACCAAAGUGACAUCAUAGAACAAACAGGGAUGAAAGCUGAAUGUCAUCUAGCAUCGCCUGUGUCUAGGCCAAAAUUUGGGUUUGAACACAUGUAUGUUCUGUUCCUUCACAAGCGGAAACAGCUCUCCAAACCAGCAGGUGGCAGUCAUUUGUAUUUAUCAUUUGCCUAAGACUGUGGAUAUACUAACGGUAAACAAAGCAGCACUUCAUUAACAUUUUGAAUAUGAAUAAUAUUGAUCAGCUGAACUUACUUAAUUCCAGAUAGCCAUGAAAAUGUUGGUGUAUUGGAAUGCUCAGAAAUUAUGAAGAUGUAAAAUGACAAGAGCCUUCUGUUGUUUUCUUUCCUUUGCCACUUUGGAUUUUCUUCUCAUGCACUGGUUCACUAAGCUGAAGUGCCUUUCUGAGCCACUGAUGGAGUCUAAUUAUUAGCCAAUAGUGUCAUGCACCACAAAAACUGGGUACUUAUAGCAUCCGCUUAGUGUGUCAUGACCUUAAGGAAUUCAGCCAAAAAUUGGGUGAACAAUCUGGUUUCUGUUUAAUCCUUGCUCUAUAAUUUUUGUGCUUAGGUCUGAGGAUGUGGACGAUUGUGGGUGUGGUCUGUCUUUCUCAGUGUAUUAUUGGUCAGCUGCUGGAGGCCAGGACCAAAGGAGCCCUGCCUCAGUUUAUUUGCAGCAUUCCAGGUGUGCCAGGGGCCCCGGGAAAGACUGGACCCCCUGGGCCUCGUGGAGAGGAUGGCCAUGUCGGAAUUCCAGGAAGAGAUGGCAGAGAUGGACGCAAGGGGGAGAAAGGAGAAAAAGGAGAACCAGGCCUCAGAGGUAGAGUCGGGCCGACGGGAAAGCUAGGAGAACGUGGAGAGAGAGGUUUUAUUGGGAAGCGUGGACCUGAAGGUGAUCCUGGAGACUUAGGGCCUCCUGGUCUUCCAGGGCAUCUCGGACUUAAGGGGGUCAAGGGCCAACGAGGCCCUCCGGGUGAACCAGGCAUCUGCAGAUGUGGAAGUUUGGUUCCCAAAUCUGCUUUUUCUGUAGGCAUCACCAGUAGCUACCCCACUGAGAAAGCACCUAUCAAAUUCAACAAAGUCCUUUUUAAUGAGGGUGGCCACUACAACCCAGAGACGGGGAAAUUCAUAUGUGCUUACCCAGGAAUAUACUACUUUUCCUAUGACAUCACUCUGGCCAACAAGCACCUGGCUAUUGGUUUGGUUCAGAACGGACAGUACCGGAUAAAGACUUUUGAUGCCAACACAGGGAACCAUGACGUCGCAUCUGGCUCAACAGUGAUGUUUCUCAACCCAGAGGAUGAGGUGUGGCUGGAGAUCUUCUACAAGGACCAGAACGGCCUGUUUUCUGACCCCGGCUGGGCUGACAGUCUGUUCUCUGGGUUUUUGCUCUAUGCAGAUACAAACUAUUUGGAUACAUUGGCAGAAGACUACAAAUAGCAGUGUGGUAACAUCAUUUAACCUUAGAUCGGGUCCUACUGAUUUUCAGCAUUCACGCCAUGAAUGUUACAUUUUUAAACACUGGUUCCAUUUUUAGAGGUUUUAUAGUAAAAAAAAAAAAAAAAAAGUACAAAACAUUAUAUAUAUUCUGCAUUCAGUUUUUUUCUGAUAAUUUUUAAUGGAAGAAUGUGUCCAGUGUGAAUGGCCUCUAACUUCCUGAAAGUCACCAUUUAUAUUAUUGAUGAAAAUACGGAAAAUGAAAAUGAUGUUGUUACCUAUCAUUAAAAUAAAAGUGAGAUUGUUUUUGUUUUAUAUACAUUCAUCAAAUCGCUAUGAUUGGGGUUUUAUCAGUUUGAGGUUGCAAAUAUUCCCUUUUUCUACAUUUAUUUGGAAGUAACUUUUUCCACUUCCAUAUUUAGAAAAUACCAAUAUAUA